AAAAAUGGACAGGAAGCAAUUCAUUCACAAGCUAUCUAAAAAACAGAUUAAGAUAGAAAAGAAUGGCGCAGGGCUUAUAACACCUAGUAUUAAUGGAAGCUUAAUAAGUGCAAAAAGGAGAAGAUCCCCUAGCAAGAAAUCAAGAUAUUCACAGAAAGCAAGUUCUUUCGGUAAAGAAGCAAGGGAGAAUUGAGAGAACCAGAACCCUAAUGACCCUCUGGACCCAUCAAACUACCAAUCGAAGAAGUCUGAGUUCUACUGGAAGCUACAUGAUCUCACGCUUAAAAUCAAAGAUUAUGUCUCUAACUUUAAGCCAGCUGUUAAAAAAAAUCCAAUCGAAGAAAUCAUUAACCAAGCAAGAAAAAGAGGUAGGCUUCCAAGAACUGUAGGAGUUCAUCCCUCAAUACUCCUAUGCUAGUUCCAAGCUCGAAGUCUGACCUUCUACAUCUAAAUACUCGAACUAUC